AAAGAAAAAAAAUAUAAAAUAUCGUUUUGUCAUAUAAAAUAUCGUUUGAAAAAAAAGAUGCCGAGGAGAUUUUCAUUCAAAUUAUGACUCAUCGGCUGCAAUCGUCCGAACAACAUUUUAACACCUUUAUCGUUUGCCGUAGGGAAUUCCUCAAGGAAAGAGGAAGUUUAGCAGGGAAAAAUAAAUGAACGAGGAUCCAAUCCUUGAGUGGCAGUUCUCUUAUCAGCGAUAUUCAUAAGCAUCAACUGCCGCGUAUUCGCAAUCAAAUGAUCGCUCUCUUUCGAAUUUCUAUUCAUUCUCUGAAAAAUACAGAAAGGCCAGAAUGAGAGAAGCUAAGGGCUUAAAAUUGCUUAUUCCUUGGAUUGAGGAAAUUUGUGAUAGUGGAGAAUAUUCGGAGCUUAUACGGUGGGUUAACAGAUCUCAAAAGAUAUUCUUUCUUUCGUGGAUUCAUAAGUCAUCAGCAAAUUGGAACGCUUCAAAAUCAGCUGUCUUCAAAAAAUGGGCGGAAUACAAAGAGAAAUCAGGAGAAAAAGAUGACCGUGAUCUUAAAGCUGCCUUCAGAAACGCUUUUAGAAGCAAGAAGAAUGGUUUAACAUUACUUGUAAAGGGAAAAGAGCAUAGGAUUUGGCAAAUAUUAAAGGAACCAAUAAAGCCGCAAACAAGGGAAACAACCAAUAAUACCAAUAAUAAGAGAAAACCAAGGCAAAAAAGGGGAAGUAAGAAAAAUGCCAAGUGUAAGCCUGAUGAUGAUAUAAGUUUUCAGGAACCACCUCCAUCUUCCAGUAGCCACUCUGUGUUCCAAGAUGAAUAUGGUUCUUUGCCACCCUGCGCAACUCUUUUUCAUGUAAGUCCACCCUCUUCGCCAUUGAAGCAAACAGAAGUGAAUGUUUCAAAUUUAGGAUCAUUCAGAACCUCGGUUUCUAUGAAUGACCCAACGUACAGAAUUCCAUCUCCAAUUGCUCAUUCCAACCCACCAAGUCCAGCUUAUAACUCUAUGGAUGAAUCAUUUUAUGGAGUUUCAUCGCCACAUUUCCCUUCUAGCCCAUGUAGUCCAAUUCAAAUGUUAAAUGACGAUACACGACAUUCAGCUUGGAACUCUUUUAUAAGUUCCCCAAAUGGUCUAUCUUCUUCGAUGUCACCAGCGCAAGAAGUCCCUGCAUUAGACAUUAAUGACUUUUUUACUUUCGAACCUGAACAAUUUCAAUUCGCAAAUCAGGCUCCGGAAUUCUCCAAACCAAAUGCAGUCCAAUUUUACCAAACCAGAGAUGAAGAUCUAGUUUCUCAUCAAAACUUUUUUGAGAUUAUGGUUGACAUUAACAAUAACGAACUUUCGCCAUUAUCACCAAAGUUACCAGAACCUGAUUUGAACCAAGGAACUUUGGGAAAAGUAUUAUUUAUGGACUCAUUUGAGGAGAAUAUAAUGUGGAAUGCACCAGAAAGAAUACAACUCGAACAAUUGGUGGAAGGUUUUGAUUCUUUGACUGAGUUUACUUGUCUGUAGCUAUGAGUACAAAAUGCAAAAUCUCGGCAAUCCUAAUUUGAUUUUAACAUCAGAUUUUCAAUGUUCUGCGUGUAUACGGAGAACAGAUCUUAUUAAAAAUUCAACUUUCAUGAUAGGUACCUCGAUGUAAUGAAUCUAAAUAUUUAAUACGUUAAGUUUUAAAAACGAAUGUCUCAAGUUGUUGGUUUGCUUAUUUUUUCUUUUCUUUCGAAUUUAAAAGAAGUGCUUCAGACCUGGUGAAAUAAAGCCUUUUUCAAAAUGAGAGGAAUGCAACAUGUAUAUGUGCAAACAUAUUUAAUUCAACUACUGAGCUUUAGUAUUUUUUAUUUAUUCUAAAUACUAAAGUUUAAAGCAGGUAAAAAAUUAAAAUCAAAAAGUAACGGUAAUUAAAAAUUUGUAAUUAAAACUAAA